GGAUGGUUAGAGAAACGGGAGAGUAAAAAGCCGCUGCUCCUCUUGAGCGCCUCCACCCCUCCGUAUCGAAUCACUUCAAAGCCCUACGCCGCCGGCCCACCGCGACCUUCCACGCAACUCCACAGCAACGGAAAAAAGAUGGAAUUUAGAAUUCGGCUGCCUUUUUCCGGCUGAAAUUGCAUAUCAUUUUUGUAAUUGAAUUAACAGAAGGAGAUGUCGAGGUUUCAUGUUGGUGGGAAAGUGGUGGAUACUGUUGAUUUAUUGCGGAAGAGGCAUUUGGGAUGGCGUUUGGACACGUGGCCUUUUAUGAUUAUCUAUGGGAUCUGGAUGGCAGCUGUAGUCCCUAGCUUGGAUUUUGGGGAUGCCUCGAUAGUAUUGGGCAGCCUUAUGGCAUUUCAUGUUCUGGUUUUUCUGUUCACUGUUUGGUCUGUGGAUUUCAAGUGCUUUAUACAGUACUCUAAGGUUAAGGAUAUUUAUCGUGCUGAUGCAUGCAAGAUUACCCCAGCUAAAUUUUCUGGCUCCAAAGAAGUUGUGCCUCUUCACAUCCAGAAGUUGGCAGCUUCUUCUACAUCUGCAGACACAGAAGAAAUCUACUUUGAUUUCAGGAAGCAACGAUUUAUAUACUCAAAUGAGAAAAAUACGUUCUGUAAACUUCCAUAUCCUUCCAAAGAAACCAUUGGUUAUUAUCUUAAGAGUACUGGUUAUGGCACAGAGGCUAAAGUUCAUUCGGCUACUGAGAAAUGGGGAAGAAAUGUAUUUGAAUAUCCUCAACCCACGUUUCAGAAACUUAUGAAAGAGCAAUGCAUGGAACCAUUUUUUGUGUUUCAGGUAUUCUGUGUUGGCCUAUGGUGUUUAGACGAGUACUGGUAUUACAGUCUGUUCACCCUAUUUAUGCUGUUCAUGUUUGAGUCAACAAUGGCCAAAAGCCGUUUGAAGACCUUGUCCGAGCUUAGACGUGUGAAAGUGGAUAGUCAGACAUUGAUGGUGUAUCGAUGUGGGAAGUGGGUUAAACUCUCUGGGACAGAACUUCUUCCUGGGGAUGUUGUGUCUAUUGGGCGCUCUACUGGUCUGGAUGGAGAUGACAAGUCUGUACCUGCUGACAUGCUUAUUUUAGCUGGAAGCACUAUUGUAAAUGAAGCUAUUCUAACAGGAGAAUCCACUCCACAAUGGAAGGUUUCAGUAAAUGGUCGAGGAAGUGAUGAGAAACUGUCAGUUCGACGAGAUAAAGCACACGUUCUCUUUGGAGGUACAAAAAUAUUACAACAUACACCAGAUAAGACAUUUCACUUAAAAGCCCCAGAUGGAGGCUGUGUAGCAGUUGUUCUGAGAACUGGAUUUGAAACAAGCCAAGGGAAGCUAAUGCGCACAAUUUUAUUUUCCACAGAAAGGGUUACUGCAAAUAGCUGGGAAAGUGGACUCUUUAUUUUGUUCUUAGUAGUAUUUGCAUUGAUAGCUGCUGGCUAUGUCCUUAGGAAGGGGCUUGAGGAUCCAACCAGGAGUAGAUACAAACUUUUUCUGAGUUGUUCACUGAUUAUAACUUCUGUGAUUCCCCCUGAACUUCCCAUGGAACUGUCAAUUGCCGUUAAUACAUCAUUGAUUGCACUCGCACGGCGUGGGAUAUACUGUACCGAGCCUUUUAGGAUUCCCUUUGCUGGAAAGGUUGAUAUAUGCUGUUUUGAUAAGACAGGAACACUGACAUCUGAUGACAUGGAAUUUUCUGGAGUUGGUGGUUUAUCAGACAAUGAAGAGCUAGAAACAGAAAUGUCUAAAGUGCCUGAUCGAACUUUGGAAAUACUUGCUUCUUGUCAUGCUUUGGUUUUUGUGGAUAACAAACUGGUUGGUGAUCCUCUUGAGAAAGCCGCACUGAAAGGAAUUGAGUGGACAUACAAAUCAGAUGAAAAGGCCAUGCCAAAAAAGGGAAAUUCCAACUCUGUCCAGAUUGUACAAAGACAUCAUUUCGCUUCCUACUUGAAAAGAAUGGCAGUUGUUGUUCGUGUUCAGGAGCAGUUUUUUGCUUUUGUUAAGGGUGCACCAGAAACCAUCCAGGAAAGACUUGAUGAGGUGCCUUCAUGGUAUAUUAAGAUUUAUAAGAAAUACACGCGCCAAGGAUCUCGAGUUUUGGCUUUGGCAUACAAGCCUCUUCCAGAUAUGACAGUUAGUGAAGCUAGAAGUUUGGAUCGAGAGACUGUGGAAAGUGGCCUUACUUUUGCUGGUUUUGCGGUUUUCAAUUGUCCCAUCCGAGGAGAUUCAGCUACUAUACUGUCAGAGUUAAAACAGUCCUCACAUGAUUUGGCGAUGAUUACUGGGGAUCAAGCUUUGACGGCCUGCCAUGUUGCUGCCCAAGUCAACAUUAUCACCAAACCAGCAUUAAUACUUGGCCCUGCAAAAGGUGGUGCAGGAUAUGAGUGGAUUUCGCCAGACGAGACAUGUACAAUUAGCUACAAUGGGGAUGAGGUCGAAGCUCUAUCAGAGGAUCAUGACCUUUGCAUUGGAGGCGACUGCAUGGAAAUGUUGCAGCAAAGCUCUUCUACAGUGAAAGUCAUACCUUAUGUUAAGGUAUUUGCACGAGUUGCUCCUGAGCAGAAGGAACUCAUCAUUACUACUUUUAAAUCGGUGGGUAGGAUGACUAUGAUGUGUGGCGAUGGAACCAAUGAUGUCGGAGCUCUGAAACAGGCACAUAUUGGGGUAGCUCUACUUAAUGCAGCUCCUCCAACAACAGGCAAGUCAGCUCAAACAGGAUCGAAAAGUGAAGGCGAGAAAUCGGCUAAAUCAAAGAAACCCAAGCCCGCCAGUGGAAGCGGAGAUAGUUCUUCUAAAUCCCGGGCUCUUUCCAAAGCCGAAUCAACUAGCAAUCAAGCUGCAAACCGUCACCUGACAGCCGCAGAGUUGCAACGCCAAAAGCUGAAGAAACUAAUGGAGGAGAUGAAUGAGGAGGGUGACGGUCGAUCAGCUCCAAUGGUCAAGCUUGGAGACGCUUCCAUGGCCUCGCCAUUCACUGCAAAGCACGCUUCAGUUGCUCCCACCACCGACAUAAUCCGCCAAGGACGGAGCACCCUCGUGACCACUCUCCAGAUGUUCAAGAUUCUCGGACUCAACUGCCUCGCCACCGCCUACGUCCUCAGCGUAAUGUACCUUGACGGCGUGAAGUUGGGCGACAUCCAGGCAACGAUCAGCGGGGUUUUCACAGCAGCCUUCUUCCUGUUCAUAUCCCACGCGUCGCCCCUCCAGACGCUCUCGGCGGAGAGGCCCCAUCCGAACAUCUUCUGUGCGUACGUCUUCCUCUCCCUUAUGGGUCAGUUCGCCGUCCACAUAUUCUUCCUGAUGUCUUCCGUCAACGAAGCUGGUAAAUACAUGCCGGAUGAGUGCAUCGAGCCCGACUCAGAUUUCCACCCCAACCUCGUCAACACGGUGUCGUACAUGGUCGGGAUGAUGCUGCAGGUCGCCACUUUUGCCGUGAACUACAUGGGCCAUCCGUUCAACAAGAGCAUCUCGGAAAACAGACCGUUUCUGUACGCCCUCCUCGCCGCUGUCUGUUUCUUCACUGCCAUAACUUCUGAUGUUUUCAGGGACUUGAACGAUUGGUUGAAGCUCGUCCCGCUGCCGAAAGAGCUGCGGAACAAGCUGCUGCUGUGGGCUUUCCUGAUGUUCGUAAUUUGCUACACUUGGGAAAGACUCUUGAGGUGGGCUUUCCCCGGGAAAAUGCCGUCUUGGAGGAAGAAGCAACGGGUGGCAGCGGUGACUGAAGCUAAGAAAAAGGUAUGAGCUGCGCAACUCGCUCUGUUUUUGAAAUGAGAUGAGAUGAGAUGAGAUGAGACGAGUUGAGUCGAGAUGAGGUUCCGUAGCAAGAGGCCGAGUAAUGUGUUUUGGAUGAGGAUCAUAGAUGAUAUUAUAUAGUUGCAGAUCUUGAUAUGUUGUUCUUCAGUUGUUGAUACGAAUUCAUCAGAAAGGAAAGAUUGAAGAGGUAGGGCUGAUGGUAGAAUCCCCAUUUUUCUCACUUUGGGUUUGCUUAUUCAUGUUCCUCUCAAAACCAAUUUCACUAUAUUAUUACCAUUUUUAACCACAAUUUUUGGGUUUGGAUCUUUAAUUUUAUGCAGAA